GGGCGCUGCGGCCGGGCGCCAUGGAGCUGGGCCGGCUGGAGUACCUGCAGGCCCUGGUCACCGAGUUCCAGGUGACGGACAGCGCAGACGCCAAGGAGCAGGUCCUGGCCAAUCUGGCCAACUUCGCCUACGACCCGCAGAACUACGAGCACCUGCGGCGGCUGCAGGUGCUGGACCUCUUCCUGGACGCGCUCGGCGAGGACAGCGAGGCGCUGGUGGAGUUCGCCAUGGGUGGCCUUUGCAACCUGUGCCUGGACAAGGCUAACAAGGAAUACAUCUUGGAGGCUAACGGGGUCGAGUCCGUCAUAAACUGCCUGUCCAGCCCCAAUGAGGAGACAGUGAUGUCGGCCGUGACCACGCUCAUGUACCUGAGCACGCCACAGUCGCGCCGGCAGACCACCGCGCUGCCCGUGGUCGAGUGCAUGCUUCGCUUCUCUCUCUCGGCCAACAGGAGGCUGAGCAACCUGGCCACACUCUUCCUCGAGGAUUACUGCACGCCACUGCAGGUGGAAGAGGCCAAGACGCUAAGCAAGCACACAGCCGUGGGGAUUCCUCUUCCCAAGGACUGAAGCUGCACGGAGCAGCUCGGAGCUCUUAGGAGGCCUCCCUCUUCAACUUCCCGGCCUUCCAAUGUCUGCUCAAGUGGGAGGAGAGCAACUUGAAACAGAUGGGCAGGCUAGCACUUAAUAUUAGUACAGAGGAAGGAGCAGUGCUACAAUGUGAAUCAGGCUAGACAAACAAAAAAAUUAGUAAUAAAACAGGUCAUGGUGCUGGAGAGCAGGCUGAUGACAGCCCAGCACUUAGCUUCCAAAGAUAACCCUUCCCAGCAAGUAGCCUUUUAAUGCUCAUUUUAUUGGACAGUUCACAUCCCUUUAGUUCCUGGCCAGUUUUAUAUGAUUCUGAAUUCUCACCAACUUUAUUCUUUCUGCAGAAGAAGGUGUUCCCCUGGCCCUGCAGCUUGCAGGGUUAUCACAUCUCUGUGGUACUAAGGAUGUCAUCUGUUGUCAUGCCAAAAGUUCUCUAUACGGGACAGGCCAUAGCUGUGCUACGUAUGAGGAAGUGGAAAAGUACAUUUCUUUCA